CGACACUGUCAACACAGCCGCGAUGUUCACCUAGUUCUGCAACGAAUUAAAAUCUUCUCCUCCAAGAUGGAAGCAAUUCUAGAAGUGAUACGCGUACACCCCAACCGCAUCCUCCUUCUAAACGACUCUCUUCUCCCACUCCGAGCCCAGGUCAAGGCCGCGGGCGCCCUGCCAACAAACGCGUGUACGCAAGAGGUUGCAUGGGAAGUGGUGCAAAGAGAGGGGAGUCGGGGUUGUGCAUUCCCAGUUUUUCCCCGACUCCGGUUUCGGCAGUGGCAAGGGUGAGAGGGGUGAGAGGAGCGGUGUGAAGAAGAGAGGGUGCGCUGUCAUGAACGUGAGCCCUGCCCUGAGCUCCGAAAGCCGUACCAGGAGAUGGACACUUAGGAUCAACGGGUGGAGUUGAUGAGGGUUGCCUUGCUCAAACAUCUUGUGCCUGGAUUUGUUCCUUUCUCGCCGCCUCUUAGGAAGGACGCUCAUACUGACCUUCGAGUAUGCAGAUGCUUGCAGGAGCAGGAGUGUAAGAGAACUUGACCUCUCAGUUGAGCGCGGUAUUGCCCAUCUCUUCGGUUCCCGGCCUUUCACGAACACGCCCCUCGUCCUCCCGGCUCACCCCAGGCCACCGGAUACGCGCCCUGUCGAGCUUCGCCAGGAAAGGGUAUGUAUGUACACUCCCGCUCCGCACACACCAGAAGGGGGGAGUAAUAGGCCCAGUAUCAAACCCCACUUCUCUCCUCCGCGAUAUGCUCGCCAGGAGACAGUACCGCCUCGUCGGCUUGUACGGCGAGAACAUCGUCUCUGCGCCUGAUGCACACUGGAAACGCCAUUGGGACGUCGCAAAGGCUACGUUCAAAGAGGAAAUCAACAUGUUCGUGUGGAAUGCGGCGACGCGCCUUUGUACGCGAGUGGUUUGACAGGGUGGACUUGCACACUGCGCCAGGGCAAGCCCUCGUGGUCGAUGCAAAGGCUGACAUGAAGAAUGUGCGGCCCGCCUUUGUCGUUUUUCUUUGCUCGAGCUUGAGCGACGACUGACAAAACGGCCGCAAAUCGCCGUUUCUGUCAUCAGGUCCGUGCUCUUUGCUCUCAAGGCUUCCUUCCCAGAGCAGAACCUGCGGCCUGGCUCCUCUUCCUUCUCGGCACCUGUCCCAAAGCCUGAGCCUGCGCCGGACGCGCAGGCACACAAAAGCAGACGGAUGGCCCUCCACCACGCGAGCGGUCUCACCGCGUCCAACAUCCUCGUCAAGCUGACCGUUCCUGACUGGGCAUAUGGCAUCCCCUUCCUCGGAAAAAUUCGCGUACUCUGCGAGACGCAGAGUGUGUUCGACUCGCUCAAGGCGCAGAUUAUCGACAUGAUUGCCGAGUCACCGUCACGAGCGCUCAAGUAUGAUAAUGAUGUGGUGCUGGGAGAGAGCAGCGAGAGUGACGGGCACGGGGGACUAGGGACGCCGUUCGCUGUGGGUAUUCGCUCUUGUCCAGGACAGCGCUUCGCGACACUCGAAGGCAUCUGCUUUCUCGCGCACAUCGCAAGAAGAUACAGGAUCUCGCCUCCUCUUGAGCUCGAACACCUGUCGCGCGCGGAGCAGAAGAGGACAAUGCUGGCUUGGCACUGGAGCAUGUCAAUGGUACCGUCUCAUAGACGAGUCACACUUACGCUGCGGACGCACCAUUAAUAAGACAUGUAUCUUAAACCGAUGCCAACUAAGUUAUAUCCACCCACUGUCACGGUCGACGAGACAGGGCUGGCCGGAGACGGCGAGUGCUCGCCCGUGUGCAACCAUCGUCACAUCCCAGUACCGGCCCUCCCAACAACCGCACUCGGGUAGAUCGGUCCGAUCAGCAUUUCAGGACGCGAACUCACAGGUAUAUAUAUAUAUGUAUAUAUAGGGCGGUGACCGGGGUCUCCAACUGAAC